AUGAAGAUCGCCGUCGUUCUCGCUCUGCUGGCCGUGGCUGUGGCCGACAAACUGCCCUUGACCAACCCUCCCGUGGCCAUCCUCAGGAGCAGCCAAGUCAACCCCGACGAGGACGGCGCCCACAGCUCCGACUUCGAGGCCGAGAACGGCAUCGUGUUCCAGUUCUCUGGCAAAGAGGCUGAAGAGGGCGGCGCCAACAUGGUCGGAUACUUCGCCUACCCCCAGGAGGACGGCUCUCUGGCCGAAGUCAAGUUCGUGGCCGACGAGAACGGCUUCCAGCCCGAGUCCUCCCUCCUGCCCGUGGCCCCCGCCUUCCCCCACCCCAUCCCCCAGUUCGUCCUUGACCAGAUCGAGUUCGCCCGCCUCGAGGACGAGCGCAAGGCCCUUGAAUCUCAGGAGGAAUAA